GAGCGGGAGGAGAGCGCAGAGCCGAGCGCAGCGUCGACAGUCGCGGUACCUCGGGGGGACGCGGCAGCCACAUUUCGACCGCCGACGCUUGCCCCGCUCGGAAUCCGCAGGAGUUUUUCGCCCUCCCUGAGAUUCGAGGGCGCAGACCGGGAGAGCGCGGGGAGGCGCCUCGCAGGCGCGCCGCAGACAUUUUCCAGCGGUGCCCGUGUCCCGCGCGUCCGCGCCGCCGCUCCAGAUCGCGAAGCCGGGUGUCCGAGUCGGUCCCGCCGCAGCCGCGAGACAAGGGAGGGGGACCCGAAUCAAGAGAGAGAGAGAAAGAGAGAGAAGACCCCCCCACACACACACACACACUGCGUGUGGACCCCCUGCACUCGUACCCGCCGAUGUGGAGCUGACACGCUGCAGUGAGCCUGGGCUUGUGAUGUCAAUGAUCCUACAGAUCUUAAUGGAAUCCAGCCAGAUACACUAUUAAUGUCAAGCCCCGAAGACCCCUGCCCUGCCGCUUUGAUGUGUGAGCGCGCCUACCAAUAAUGGCCCAUAGGAUACGCAGUGGAAAUCCUGGCGACGGGGUGUACAGCAUGAGGCUGGUGUGGAAAUCACUGGACAAGAUGCGGUGUCUGAGGAAGCGCUCCGCUAUUCCCUUCCUCGGCUUCCUCAUCACCUUCCUGCUCUUCCUGAACCUCUACAUCGAGGAUGGCUAUGUGCUGGAAGAGGAUAAAAGGCAGCUUAGGGAAGCAUCGGCCCACCCGCCGAGCUCAGAGCGAUACGUUCACACCUUCCGAGACCUCAGCAAUUUCUCCGGAAGCAUUAAUGUCACGUAUCGUUAUCUCGCCGGAACACCGCUGAACCGCAAGAAGUAUCUCACCAUUGGACUGUCAUCAGUGAAAAGGAAAAGAGGGAACUACCUUCUGGAGACCAUCAAAUCCAUCUUCGACCAGUCCAGUUACGAGGAACUGAAAGAGAUUGUGGUUGUGGUCCACCUGGCGGACUUUGACCUGGCCUGGUGCGAGAACCUGGUGCAGGAGAUCACCAGGAAGUUUGCUCACCACAUCAUAUCCGGACGCCUCCUGGUGAUCCAGGCCCCAGAGGAGUAUUACCCGUCCCUGGACGGGUUGAAGAGGAACUACAACGACCCGGAGGACCGGGUCCGCUUCCGCUCCAAGCAGAACGUCGACUACGCUUUUCUCCUCAACUUCUGCACGAACCUCUCCCACUUCUACGUGAUGCUGGAGGACGACGUGCGCUGCUCCAGGAACUUCCUGACGGCGCUGAAGAAGGUGAUCACGUCCAGAGAAGGCUCCUACUGGGUAAUGCUGGAGUUCUCCAAGCUGGGCUACAUCGGGAAGCUGUACCACUCCCGAGACCUGCCACGUCUGGCCCAUUUCCUCCUCAUGUUCUACCAGGAAAUGCCCUGCGACUGGCUGCUCAUCCACUUCAGGGGGCUGCUCGCGCAGAAGGAUGUGAUCCGCUUCAAGCCCUCCCUUUUCCAGCACAUGGGCUACUACUCCUCCUACAAGGGAGCGGAGAACAAACUGAAGGACGACGACUUCGAGGAAGACUCCAUAGACAUUCCUGACAACCCGCCCGCCAGCCUGUACACGAACAUCAACGUCUUCGAAAACUACGACGCCGCCAAGGCCUACAGCACUGUGGACGAAUACUUUUGGGGGAAGCCUCCUUCCACUGGAGAUUUCUUCGUCAUAGUCUUUAACAAAUCGACCAAAAUCACUAAAAUUAAGAUUGCUACCGGUUCUGACGACCGGCAGAAUGACAUUCUUCACCACGGGGCUCUGGAAGUAGGAGAGAAACUAGUUGGGACUAAAAAAGGAAAACUGUGUUCGUCUUAUAUCACAUUAGGGGAGUUUAAAAAUGGCAACAUUGAGGUUCAAGAUAUAGACCACAAGAUCGCCUUUGAUAUUGAGUGUGUACGAAUCGUGGCGACAGCCAGUCAGAAAGAAUGGCUUAUCAUUAGGAGUAUAAGUUUAUGGACUACACUACCUCCCAGCCAAUGAGGACUAUACACAAAAACUCUUAGUACGUCGUAGAGGCAAAGGUUUUUAUUAGUAGUAUUAUUUAUUAAUGUAUUUAUUUCCCGGUUUAUUUAUUCAUUUUGUAUGUAUUUAUUGAUACUCAUUUUGAUUGCUAAGUCAAUCAAUGUUUUUUUUAUACCUGCAAGUUGGAACCGUGGUGGAGCAUCUUCACAGUCAUUGAGGACUGUUCAACUAACCUCAGAGUGUUCAUGAGCAUAUGUUUUCCUCAGCUCUCCAUAUGCCUUUUGUUUGUUUCAGUUUCUGAUAGCUAUGCCUACCUGGGUGAUGAUUCAGCAUUACAUUUCAUCAACUUACCGUGUUAUAAUGACGUGAUCAAAAUUAUUGUUUUUUCUUUUGUCCAAGAUGAGGCUCACACAAUAUUCUCUCCAACCUGAUCCUAUAUUAAAAAGGAAUCACUGUGUAGCCAAAGUGUGAUAAUACAUCUCAUUCUUGCGUGCCAUAAAAGCCCCGUAGUUGUCCAAAAACGCAUGUUCCCUCAUUAACACGAUCACACACACUGUGACUUUAUUUUGAGUCAAUCCAACAUACACUUCCUGCUGCAGUGAAUAUUCACUCAAACACUAGAUCUGUGGUAAUCCGCUGUUGUUCGCAGUCCCCAACGAACGUGUCACUGAAAACUAUGUUUUGCUAAAAUUUGCUUACAUUUUGAUAAUCAGCUGUUCCAGUAAACUGAUUUUUUGGGGGGGUUGGGGGUAUCAAUCUAUUCUUUGACCCAUUUUCAAAGAUUUAUGUCUUCACUAGCAAUGAAUGAGCCUCGGCCUGAGACUGUGGACAAUUCAGAUCGUACUGCGAAAUGGACUAACGCAUUUUUGGUUCUACUUUUCAUGGUAUUUGCUGACUCACAAAUUAUUAGAAUUAUUCCAGCAUUAUUCUUUAGGGGGUCCUAGCACAACAUAAUUGAGAAAUAGUUUGGAAUAAUUCUUUUUUUUAAAUGCAGCAAAACAAUGCAGGACAUUCAAAUACAGUGUCAAACUAGCAAGUUGAUUUAUUUUUCAUAGCAUUUCGCAAAAACGUUGUCAUACGAUAAAUACUAGUGUCAAUGGAAGAAUUUUUUUCUCAUUCAGUAUCUCGGCGUUCAUUUCACACAUUUAAGUCACAAGUGGGUGAUGCCGUUACUGUAUGAAUGUUUCUGAAGGCUCUUCUGAAAGUGAAGAAUGCUGACAAAUGCAUACUACUGAUUUUAUUACAGUAUUGUUCCAGUUCAGGUGCUUGUCCACAUAUUUUGAACCCCCUAUUUCGUUUAUCCAGAGAGCGGAGAUGAGUGUAACUGAAUAUUUUUUUUUAGAAACAGGUUCUUAGAGAGACUACUAUCCAAUUAAACCCAUAGUGUCUUCAACAAUUUUUCUUGACUGCAAUUAUGUGGGCAGCAUACUAGGCCUGGCAUUUCCCCUCCGUGGAUGUCCCCAUUCGGCCCGUAAUUAUUUUCUUCCUUGAAAACCCCCCGCCAGGAAGGUAUCAGAGGUCCUUGUUGCGUCACACCCAACAUUUUUUUCUCGUUUCGAAUGGUCCUUUCCCGCCAUAAUUAUCUUGUCCGUGGUGGUUGAGGUGGGCGUGCGAGUGGGCCGAGCUCUUUCACCGGCACUGUAUGUUGUGUCCAGGAUGCUGACGCGAGAACAUUUUUUGUUUCCACCCGUCUCCUCAAAGAGCCGAGAUUAGAUUGCACAGUGAAGAAUGGGUCAGGUCUGCACUUACAUCUCUCUCUCUCUCUCUCUCUCUCUUUUUCCCCCCACCACAGCACAAUUUCCACCUAGUAAAUUGGUCUGUGUUUUUCCUCAUUCUCUACACCGGCAAAACAACAUCUCCCCUGGAGCUAUAGGACCUCAAUUCGUUCCUUCCCCCCCAAAUGUUGCGCUCGCACAACUCCAAUGUUCCUGCUCCUACUUGGUCGCCCCCUCUGUCUGCUUUGCUUUCGGUUCCCUUCGAGCAAGAUCAUUUCCAAAGUCCUCACCCUCGCGCUGUGCUAAAACAGCUGAACCUCGCUGGAAUCACCGCCGCGCACGCGAACUCGUCACCGCGCGACGGCCGAUGCCCGACGCUUAUUCAGAGCCACGCUGUAGAAAUAGCCUCGUCGUUUUUUCCACGUUCGUGUAAUUAUCUGUCAUUGGGCAAAGUUCGGCGACGGCUUUGUUUCACCGCUGAAAUGCUGUCAUGGAAACUCAACAACAAUGCAAUAAAGAGGUAAAUGUUUACAGAACCCUGAUGUUCCUCAGGAACAUGAGGCGGAGGCCGAUUGUCAUUGAGCAUGCUGAGGCAGUUUUGUAAAGCUCCGUUCUGCUGCUGCGAUAUAGCCACCUGUUCCGUGUUUUCUCUCAAGGUCAUGUUUAGCGUAACCGACGGAGACCUUUCGCAGAUUGUGUUGUACCACCACCUCGAAAUCCUUCCUCAGCAAACCCCCCCCCCCCCCUGUGCUUUCCGGAAUGAAAUUACAAUGGCCACCCCUUCGCGACACGGCUUAUUGUUUUUCCUCACCGUUUCCCUUAUGAAUGCAAGCUAUUCAUUUUGGUGAAUGAUUCUGUGACCUGCAUGUAUCAGCAACUCGGAGGGGGACCUGGUUUGAAUGGAUGAUUGCUCCCAAACGCAAUAUCCGUUGCGCCGCGUGUGUGGUAUUCUUCAUGACGCACGCCGUGUUGCCAAUUCAGCCUAGUGUUACCUGCUUAUGAGCUAUAAACACAUGAUGUCACCACGGGGCAGCUGUUUUACAAGUGUAAUAGACGGCUCCGAUACGCCUCCUGCCCAAGUUGAGCGGCCGCGUUGUGGGGCGAAAAUAUAUCUGGAGGAGAAAUAAUCUGAUCUCUGUAAGAUGGCGGCCAAAACUAGCUGCACGUUGCAGAUUUAUGGACAGAUUUACAUCUGGGGGAUAACAACAAAAGCUGCAUAAAUCCUUUGCUAUCAGCAGAAUGUUUGGAAACCAUCCAUACCAGCGAUUUGAGUGAACACGAUCAGUUAUACAUUUAAUAGAAGACUCAGAAACAGUUCUUUCAUCCGAUUGCGCACGUAGAACUAAAAAGUGGCCAUUCUUAACUGUCCAUUUGUUAAGAAUCAAACAGUAACUGCAUGGACAGGCACAGGUUUGCUGAUCACUCGACAGCAGGUAACUGUCUUGAGUUUGUUUUCUUUUACUGGCUGUGAGGGUUCCGAUCCCCAAAAGUCGGAGCGAUUAAAUAUGAAUGUGAUCUGUGGGUCCUGAGUCAUUUGAAAUGUGAGUUCCAGUGGAGCAUGUACAAAGUGCAUGAACAAAGUGCAAGUGGAUGAAACAACUCCGUUUGCACACCAGGAUCUACGAAUUACUGUUCUGCUGAUGAAAAUUGUACCGGGUUUGUACGUAGAGGCCGAUACUGCCUUACCGCAGGUUCGGAGUUCACGUGUGCUAUAUAUCGUCAAGUGGAAGCAAGUGUGUUAAGAUGUCGUUUCUGUAUCCGUUCUUCUUUCCAUCGUUCUCCAAAUGGUACUGUAUUGUAAGAUGACAUAUAUUUUUUUACACAUAUCAUGUCAAAUGUUGUACUGUAUAUAUUGUACUUAAGAUGAUAUUGAAAUUAGAUUAAACAAAUGAAUGCAAA